AUGAAUUUUAAUGUCUGGAAUAUCAAAGACAUGCUCAGUAUUCCCUCAGGCUCUGGUACCACUAAGUCAUCAAACUGGACCAAUAAUCAGGCUGAUUACUCCGGUCUCAGUGAUUCUCAGUUCCUCUUUGGGUCCCAGUUCUGUCCAGAAAGUUCAGAGGCCCUGUCAGCACCGUUGGACUUUGGUGUCCAUUUGAGAGAUCCAAAACAGUUACAAAAGAAUUCUCUGGACAGUGAACCUAGUCUUUUCACAAAGUACCAAACAAAACCCCAGCUGUUUGGAGAAGAUACAAAAGAUGGAGGCUUAUUUCCUCUUCCUUUGUCUGUUGGAAAAUCAAAAGGCCUCUUGGAACAGUUUGAGGAGAAAAAGAAAAGAGCAAAAGACAAAUGUGACAGUGAGAAUCUCUACAACUUCAUUUCCCAUGUGCGAGAAAGCAUUCACAAGUUGCAGACCUCUGUGGAAAAGUCUGAGGAACAUCUCAGUUCAAGAAGCCAGUCUAUUUUGGAUUCUUUGGAGACUGUGGCCAGGACACUGCAAGAGACUGCGCGGGCCCAGAGUGACCUGGUGUUGGAAACAGCGCAGGACAAGGGCAGCAUGGAGCAGGCUGUCCUUGAGAUGCAGAGGAGAUUUGACACUAGACAAGCAGAGUUUAUAGAAAUGAAGUCCAACCUGAAGCACCUUGAAGUUGUAGUUGCCCAGCAGAGUAAGGACUUCCAGCAGCUCUGUGAGCAGCUCGGCCAGCUCAAUGUGCCCGGUGUCCUAGCGGAGCUGAAGAGUUUGAUCUCGGUGCCUCGGGUGACAGACAGCACUUCCCAGACCUCACCGCUGCUGGCCCAGAGCCUCGAUUUCACCAGGCAGGACGAACCUGCCUGUGAGGAACCAGCCGCGGGGCAAGCCCAGGCACUCCCUGCUGCGAGGAGUCUUAGGCCGCGCUCCCUGCGGCCGCGAGGGGAGUUUGGUGUCUGGAGCCAAGGGGCAAAGAGGGCUGCUCUCCGAGAAGAAGCUGUGCUGCUGGCUGUCGGGGGCAGCAAGAGAAACAGGCGAGUCAGGGACAAGGCUGUGCAGACUGACUGCAAGAAUCAGCUUAUUACUAAGAGAAGCUUGGAGAACCGAGAUCCUGGUGUCAGGAACCUGGUUUCCCUAGGAGCCUCGCAGCUGAUCUCCCUGGACUUAAACAACUUUGUAACCAGCAUUGAGAACGCCCGCCCAAAACGUCAGACCAAAGACAUGGUUUCACAUGACCCCUGUGAGCAGAGGCUGGUGACAGAACAGAAAGUCAGAACGGUGCAAGUCGGGAGGCAAGGCCAGCAGGAGCAGCCGCAGCCCAGGAAAGCCCGCAGAGGCAGGCCCCUGGCCAGGAAGCAAGAGCGUACCCGAGGCAAAACCUGUGCUUUCAAUCCCGCAGGUCCCCAGUCUCCAGUUUCUGGCUCACGAAGUUCCGCCCCAGAGCAGCAGGCGCCCGUUGCUCAGCCCCUGCAUCCGUGUGGCCCCAGGAGCCCCACAAAGCCAGUCUGCCCUGUUCUGGAAGGAGCACUCACCCCCAGAAGGACAGCGGGGCCGGCCCGAGGGGCACCCCUGCAGCUCAGUGGGCACUCUUCCCGAGACAACAGCCAGCUUUCUGACAGCUCCAAGGGGGACCACCAGAUAAGCUGGUUCAGUGACCUCAACCUCGAAAGUUCCACGACCCCUCCGUGCAAGGAGCCAGGGAAGAGUGUGCUCUAUGACCUGGGUUUUGACAGCAGUGAUGAUGGCUUCUGA